CUUAUUUACACAUUAAAAAACAAAAAAAAAAACAAAAACAAAAUUCCUUUAUUUUCGAUACGGAAAUCUCAAAUACCUUCCUCUUUGUUCUUCCCCUAUUUCGAGUGUUUUGUAGUUCAUCUUCUAUUUCCCAGUCUUAACUGAAAACACUUUCAUUGCCAUUGCUACAGAACAUAGCAAAAGGGUUCUCUGCUCUCUACCAGGGUAAUUGUUGUUCUUCUAGAUAUAAAUCUGGUUCUGCAUUCCUAUAUUAUUGGUAAAGGCACCGAGUUCUCUGCUCUUCAUUCUGUUGGUCAACCAUGGAUGACUCCAAGGAAGAUACUCCUGUUUUCCUCGACCGUACAUCUCGGCCUACCAGGGGGAAGAGGAUGACCAAAUUGUUAGAUGAUGAAGUUGAAGUUGACGAGUUGUUUUGGAACCAGGAGGCUCUUAAAGAUGAAGAGGAUGAUGUUAACUAUGAGGAAGAGGGAGAAGUUGCUGAUGAAUUCGAUAGUGACUUCGAUGAAGAUGAGCCGGAGCCAGAAGAAGCGGACAACAAUGAAGUAGAUGAAAGGGUGCGACAAAAGAAGCGGCUGAUAUAUCCAGGGAAGACUUUGGUGAAGAGAAAGCAAAAGAAGAAGAAAGUGCUCUCCGAUUUGGAAGAUCAUCAUAAGGAUGAUGAGGAGGAAGAGACUGAUAAAAAAAAUGAACAGCCCACUGAACAACCUCAGGAUGCCCCUGAGGAUGUUGAAGGAGAAAGAAUUGUGAGGAAGUCUACGAGAACAGCAGUUAUCAAUAGACAAGCGGAGAGAGAUGCCAUACGUGCAGCCUUGCAAGCUACCAUGAGGCCAAUAAAGAGGAAAAAGGAAGGUGAAGAGAAGAGGAUGACCCAAGAAGAAAUGCUCUUGGAGGCUGCCCAAACAGAAAUCAUGAACUUGAGGAAUUUGGAGAAAGUUUUAGCAAGGGAGGAAGAAGUUAAGAAAAGAGCAAUUAUACAUAAAGCUGUCUACAGUGGUCCACAAAUAAGAUACUAUUCAAAAGAUGGUUGUUCUUAUCUGGAAUUUAGUAAAGGGUUGUCAUUUCAGUCGCAGAUAUCAACAACACCUGUUCCAUAUCCUGAGAAAGUUGUCUGUGCAGUUACUGGGUUACCUGCUAAAUAUCGUGAUCCAAAGACAGGGUUGCCUUAUGCCACAAAAGAAGCAUUUAAAAUUUUACGCGAGCGUUUCCUAUAUGAAAAUCGUGGUGUCCAGAAAGACAUGGACAUGGGAAAUUUGUUCGAUUCGCUUUCUACGAAUGGUUUUUCAGCAAAGCGGAAAAGAUCAGUUAUGCCAGAUAAAAGAGAACUGUCAUAUUCUCGACAUUUUGCACGUUUCCGCCAAAUUCCAGCACUAGAAGAGGAAGUUUCAGAUUAGCAGGAGUGAAACCUUUUGACAAAGUAAAAGAGGUUGAGAUGUGCCAUCAUUCAUUAGAGGAAGUGUUGACCAAGCCCUAACAUAAUGAAAGGCAAGUGAUUUAAAAUUUCCAUGCAUAAGUUUUGAUGUAGUCAAGUUAGAAAAUGGUAAGUUUUUUAAUUUUUGUUCUCUUUCUCCCCCAGAAUGUUAAUAUGUACUAAUUUCACUGUUGUGGUAUCGGAUGGCAACCUUAAGAUCUUUCACUGAGGAUACUAAUUGGCUGAGGUUGCAGCUGCACUAAAUUACGCUAGAAAACACACAUGAAAGUAGUCUUUUAUUUGUAUAUAAACUAAGCUUUAUUGAUUUAAUGUUGGAAGCGUGUUUGUAUUUUUUCCCAAGCCUUGUUUGUUAGAGCUUAAGUUUUUCGUAAUGAAAGUUUUGUUGUUUAUUUUAAGCUGAUACCAAUGUUACCUUUAUUCUUGGAAGCUAGAGUACAUUUUGUUAAAAGAUGAGGUUCUUAUUUAAUCUUUUAAA